AUGGAUCAGAUCUUCGUACCUCCUUCGUCUUCUUCUGCCAUUGAUAAUCUUAUCUUUGACGCAUUUAUGAAUGAUACAACAGAACUAGAUAUUGAAGCACAUCUAGAUCUUUGGGCUAAUACCCAAUUCAAAUACGAUACAGUACCAGGCGCUGCUCUUACCAAAAGUCCCAAGACCUCGCCUACAACAACAGCUGGUAGUAGUAGUAACUCAAGUAUCACUUACGGCGAUUUGGCCAACUAUUUAGACUUUGAACUUCCACAACAGCAGCAACAGCAGCAACAGCAUUUGAUUCAACACCGUCAGCAACCGUCAAUUAAGUCAGCACCUCGUCAACAAUUAUUAUUACCAAAGAUCGAUCAAGAAACGAGCAAAGAAGUUAUCGACAAACUCAUACUUUUAUCAGCUGAAAAUGAUCUGGUAACUCCUUCUUCGUCGUCAUUAUUGUCUUCAACACAAUCCCAAGUUGCAAAUCCGGUUCUUAUAACGACUCCUAACAUGACGAUUUCCUCAACUAACAGCAGUAAUUCAAAUUAUCAGCCAUCAAAAACCGCAGUUGAAGAGGAAAAACGACGAAGAAAUACAGCUGCCAGUGCACGUUUCCGCGUUAAAAAGAAACUCAAAGAAAAAGCUAUGGAGCAAACAGUUCAAGAAAUGACAGAAAAGUCAACCAAGCUUGAGACUCGUGUUCGUGAAUUAGAGUUGGAAAUCAAGUUUUUAAGAGGGCUUUUGAUUGAGAAGAAUAGCAGUGGUAUUGAUAGUUCAACACCUGAAAAAUAA